AUGAUGAAAACAACAAGCCUUACUAAAACACUUUUUAAUCAUCAAGCUCAUUCGAGAUCAAUUAAUUUAUAUACACCAUCAACAACUUCAUCAUCAGGAUCAACAUGUGAAACAGGUCCAUCAUCAUUAAAUUCUUCUUUUAAAAGUAAUACUGAUACAAAUGGUAUUAAUAUUAAUGAAGAUACAAAUUCUAUUCCACAAGAUAAAUCAAAUUUAGUACUGAUAACUUUAAUUGAUAAACUUAAACGUGAAUUAGCAACAGUAAAACAAGCAAAGACUCAAUUAGAAACACUUUAUAAAGUUAAAUGUAAAUCUGACCUUGAUAAAUCAGCUAAAAUUACUAAACUUCGUCUACAAUACGAACAUGAAUUAAAUUUAUUUUGCAAACAAGAUCAAAAAGAUCUUGUACGUUAUUUACAACGACAAUUGAUUGUACGUGAUCAACGUAUUGCUGAACAAUCAUAUGAUAUUGAACAAUUAAAAAAUUUGUCAAUAACAAAUUGUGUUGAUGGUAGUAAUGCAAAUAUAUAUAAAAAAAUUGCACCAAUACAAAUUUUAAAAAGUAGUGAUCCUGAUGUUGUUAUUUCAACAUCAUAG